UGAAACCACAGCAGAGCAGGACCAACCUGAGGAGGACUGACCCAAAGACCAGCAGAGAAGCAUCACCAUGGGGAACUGCUGUGCUUAUCUGGGGCCACAGAAGAACACCAAUGUGCGUGUUAGUUUACCGGCCGUGUGUUUCGUCUGGCAGAUUGCCAUGAUUGUCCUGUUUGGAGUUUUUAUCCGGUACAAUCCAGAGUCUGAUGCACAUUGGGUGGAACACAUGAGGACAGAAAACAUCUCAAGUGACAUUGAAAAUGACUUCUACUACAGAUACCCCAGCUUCCAGGAUGUGCACGUGAUGAUCUUUGUGGGAUUCGGCUUCCUCAUGACUUUCCUGAAACGCUACAGCUUCGGCGGAGUGGGCUUCAACUUUCUGAUUGCGUCCUUUGGUCUGCAGUGGGCUCUGCUUAUGCAAGGCUGGUUCCACUUCCUCGAUCAUAGCACAGGAAAAAUCUACAUCGGUGUUGAGAAUUUGAUCAACGCAGACUUCUGCUGUGCCGGCUCUCUGAUCGCAUAUGGCGCCCUGCUGGGAAAAGUGAGUCCUGUCCAGCUAAUGGUUGUCACCUUGUUUGGGGUCACGCUGUUUGCUGUUGAGGAAUACAUCAUCCUCCACCUCCUUCAUUGCAGAGACGCUGGCGGCUCAAUGGUCAUUCACGCCUUUGGAGGUUACUAUGGUCUGGCUAUCUCCUGGGUUCUCUAUCGACCAAACCUGCAUCUAAGUAAACGGCUCAACGGUUCUGUGUAUCACUCUGAUGUGUUUGCUAUGAUUGGGACACUGUUCUUGUGGAUGUUCUGGCCCAGUUUCAACUCAGCCAUCACAGACCAUGGUGAUGGACAACACAGGGCAGCCAUUAACACUUACCUUGCCCUUGCUUCGACUGUUCUCACCACCGUGGCCAUCUCCAGCAUGUCUCAGAAGAAAGGCAAACUGGACAUGGUACACAUCCAAAAUGCCACCCUGGCUGGUGGUGUUGCCAUGGGAACAGCAGCUGAGUUUAUGAUCAGUCCUUAUGGGUCACUGAUUGUGGGUUUCUGCACCGGUAUCAUCUCCACAUUUGGCUACCUGUUUGUCACACCCUUCUUGGAGAACAAACUGAAGCUCCAAGACACAUGUGGUGUCCACAACCUGCAUGCUGUGCCAGGGAUGCUUGGUGGAUUCAUUGGUGCUAUUGUUGCUGCAGCUGCCAGUGAAGAAGUGUACUCAAGAGAGGGGUUGAUCGAUGUUUUUGACUUUGAGGGGAAGCAUGCAAACCGAACUGUAGGAACACAGGGAGGCUACCAGGCUGCUGGAACAUGUGUAGCAAUCGCUUUUGGACUUGUUGGAGGAGCUAUAGUUGGCUUCAUCCUGAAGUUUCCAAUCUGGGGUGACCCUGCUGAUGACAACUGCUACGAUGAUGAAGUUUACUGGGAGGUUCCUGAGGAUGAGGAGACAAUCCCUCCUGUGUUGGAGUACAACAACCACAUGAUUCACAAACACCAGGACAUAGCUGAGUCAAACUUCUCUGUGGAGCAAAGUUAGAGAUGACCAGUGAAAGACAACCGACACCCUUGAACUUAAUACAGCUGUGAUACAACUUUAAGUUAUGAAGGAGUUUAUUACUAAAAAA